AUGGAAGUCAUACAGCCAACCGCAAAACACACGCACACAAUCAUCAACCUCCACGGUCGCGACAGUUUUGCAUCGGAGUACUCGUCCGAAUUCUUCGAGAGCGAGUCCUCCUCUGGCGAAACUCUUCAGACAGCCUUCCCAUCGAUCAAGUGGGUCUUCCCCUCGGCGCCGCAAUUGAUUUCACGGCGUUUUGAAACGGAGAUGUCGCAAUGGUUCGACAUGUGGAGUACGGAGAAUCCUAUUGAACAGCCUACCGAAGAGCAGAAGGCUCAGCUUCGCGAGAGUACCACCAUGAUCUCACAGCUCGUCGGAGAGGAGAGCAAGAUCGUCGGAUUCGACAAGAGCAUUCUAUGCGGCAUCAGCCAAGGCGCAGCAACAGCCCUCUCCGCAUUUUUCCAGAUGGAUGAGCGUCUCUGUGCCUUCAUCGGCUUCUCAACCUGGUUGCCGACUGUCGACCGCCCAAUCGAAUUCAAGCGCACCCCCAUCUUCCUCGCUCACUGUCAAGAUGACGAGGUGAUUGACAUCAAAUACGGCCAAGCUCUGGCAACUCGACUUCAACAAGUCCAACGAUCCAAUGUCGAAUUUCACGAAUACUCCGACGGCGGGCAUUGGAUCAACGAGCCAAAGGGAAUCGACGAUGUUAUUGCCUUUCUGCGGAUGGUCACAAGGCUGUAG